AUGAUGAUUCCCCUGCUGAGCUUUGUGGGCAUUGCCUUAGCGGGCUCCGUGUCCGCCCAAGGUGGCUUUGUCAAAGCCCCCACUGAUCUUACCUCUAAGAACGGUCAUGCGAAUACCACAGUCCGCUUCAAGUCCGUGCCCGCCGGUAUCUGCGAGAUGGACUCGGACGUGAAGAGCUACUCGGGCUACGUCGAUACGGCGGAGAACGAACACAUGUACUUUUGGUUCUUUGAGGCACGCAAGGACCCCAAGGAUGCGCCGCUGACGGUGUGGUUCAACGGUGGUCCUGGCUCUUCGUCCAUGAUCGGCCUGUUCCAGGAGAACGGCCCUUGCCGCGUGACGCCCGACGGCAAGGUGCACAACAACAAGCACUCGUGGUCGGAGGUGUCCAACAUGCUCUUUAUUGACCAGCCGGUGACCACUGGUCUUUCCUACUCCAAGGUCGGCCCUGUGGUGUACAACACCGAGACCCAUUCCAUCGUCAAGUCCCUCGACAAGGACGAGUGCCCCAGCAACCUCAAGAAGACGGAGGAAUGCGGCACCUUUUCGCUUCCCGAAGAUACGGACGCGCCUAGCACCACGCUCUCGACUCCGCCGGCGGUGUGGAAACUGAUGCAAGGCUUCCUGGGCGCCUUCCCCGAGUACGCCAACGCGUCGCUGCACCUUACGACGGAGUCGUACGGCGGCCACUUUGGCCCUGCGUUUGGCGCGUACUUCCUCGAGCAAAACAAGAAGAACCUGCCGGACACGGUUCCUCUGAACCUGGAGUCAGUGAUGAUUGGCAACGGAUGGUUCGACCCGAUGGUGCAGUACCAGGCGUACUACAACUUUACCGUGUCGCCGGGCAACACCUAUGACUACCACCCGUACAACAAGUCGGUCACCGACAAGCUGUACAACGAUCUUUACGGUGAGGGCAAGUGUGUCGACCAGCUGAAGGAGUGCUAUUCGUCCCGCAGCGACAAGAUCUGCCGCAAGACGGACGCGUUCUGUGCAGCGCAUGUGGAAUCGGUGCUCGAUGUGGUCGUGAAGCGUGACGAGUACGACAUUCGUGAGUUAAUGCCCGAUCCUUUCCCGUAUGGGAGGUACGCCAAGUACCUCAACUCGGAGAAGGUGCAAAAAGCCAUCGGUGCCUAUCAGAACUAUUCCGAGUCGUCGCCGAUCGUUGGCAAGACGUUUACCAAGACGGGUGACGACAGUCGCCGCCAGAGCUCGGUCAAGAACCUCCAGUCGCUGCUCGACCAGGGCGUUACCGUGACGCUCCUUGCGGGAGACGCCGACUACAACUGCAACUGGCUGGGCGUCGAGGUGAUUGCGCACAUGGUGGCCGGCAAGGACUUUGCCUCGGCUGGAUACGCGGACAUCAAGACCUCCGGUCCGGAGACGCCAGGCCAAGUGAAGCAGGCGGGCAACUUUAGCUUUGCGCGUAUCUACUACAGUGGCCACGAAGUGCCCUUCUAUCAGCCGAUUGCUGCGCUGGAAGUGAUGAACCGUACGCUGUUCCACAGGGACAUUGCGACUGGUCAACGCUCCACUUCCAACGGCUACAAGACCAAGGGCUCUCACCAGAGCACGUUCCGCCAAGGGAACGAUACGGUGCAGUUCAAGCCGUUGCCGAAAAACGCCACGUACAACCCCAUCACGCACAAGCCCAAUUAG